AUGGCAUCUCAAGAUCCUCAAAUCACGCGCGAGGCUGCGAACGGUGGCGAUGACGAGAAGUAUAUCGGCGAAAAGCAAGAGACGGCCUAUAUCGACUUGGAAAACAGCUCAACAGCAAAGAUUCGAAACCCCUUGGCUCACCUUUCCAAUGAAGAAGUCAUCAAGGAUGUCGAAGAGUUCGCCAGGAAUAAUGACUUCGCAGACAUGACGGACCUCCUUGUGAAGGGUGCCCUCGUUGCUAAGGAUCCUCCAGCCUUUGAGACUGUUCCAGGCCUUACGGAACCCGAGAAAGAAGCUAUCCGCAAUGAGGUCUUACACAAGUGGCGUCAGCCAAAAUCGCUUUACUUCACAAUCAUCCUUUGCUCGAUUGGCGCUGCUGUACAGGGUUGGGAUCAGACCGGCUCCAACGGCGCCAACCUCUCCUUCCCUGAUGCUUUAGGCAUUCCAGUUGGUGACACAUUGGCGAAUAACCAACCAAAUCCGAACGCUGCUCGCAAUCAAUGGUAUCAAGGCUUGAUCAAUGCCGGGCCAUACAUUGCCUCCGCAUUCAUUGGCUGCUGGUGCUCUGAUCCACUCAACAACUUCUUUGGUCGACGAGGAACUAUCUUUGUAUCUGCAGUCUUUUGCUUCUUGAGCCCGAUUGGCUCCGCCUUCGCUCAAACGUGGGAUCAACUUCUCGUCACUCGACUUCUGCUUGGCAUUGGGAUGGGAUGCAAGGGCUCAACAGUUCCGAUCUUCAGCGCAGAAAACGCGCCUGCAUCAGUCCGAGGCGGCCUAGUCAUGAGCUGGCAGAUGUGGACUGCAUUCGGCAUUUUCUUGGGCACUUGUGCCAAUCUUGCCGUCAAGGAUACUGGCUCCAUCUCAUGGCGACUUCAAUUUGGCUCUGCAAUGCUUCCUGCCUUACCUCUCCUCGUGGGAGUUUACUUCUGCCCAGAAUCUCCUCGUUGGUACAUCAAGAAGGGUAGAUACCGCAACGCCUUCAGAUCACUCAAGCGUCUCAGGAACACCGAGCUCCAGGCUGCCCGUGAUUUGUACUACAUCUUCGCUCAACUCCGCAUGGAAGCCAGCUUGGUCAAGAAGAAGAGCAACUAUGUGACACGUUUCAUACAACUGUUCACGAUUCCACGAGUUCGUCGCGCAACUCUGGCAUCCUUCACUGUCAUGAUUGCACAACAGAUGUGCGGAAUCAACAUCAUCGCCUUUUACAGCUCCACCGUGUUUAAAGAGGCCGGUGCAUCCAACACGGACUCCCUUUUGGCUUCUUGGGGCUUCGGAUUGGUGAAUUUUGUAUUUGCGUGGCCCGCCAUCUGGACCAUUGAUACAUUUGGUCGCCGAUCACUCCUUUUGUUCACCUUCCCUCAGAUGGCAUGGACCUUGUUGGCUGCAGGCCUUUGCUAUUUGAUUCCCUCGUCCAGUUCAGCGCACCUGGGUCUAGUCGCCCUCUUCAUCUACUUGUUUGCGGCAUUCUACUCGCCGGGAGAAGGUCCUGUGCCAUUCACAUAUUCCGCCGAGGUCUUCCCUCUUUCGCACCGCGAGGUCGGUAUGGCUUGGGCAGUCGCAACUUGCUUGUUCUGGGCUGCCGUACUCUCAAUCACCUUCCCGAGGAUGCUUUCGGCUAUGACCCCAACGGGUGCGUUCGGGUUUUAUGCAGGUCUUAAUAUCUGUGCGCUUAUCAUGAUCUUCUUGUUCUUGCCCGAAACCAAGCAAAGAACCUUGGAGGAACUCGAUUAUAUCUUUGCUAUUCCGACCCGAACUUUCAUGAAACAUCAAGUGGGCAUCGUCCUGCCAUGGUGGAUUAAGACAACUAUCUUCCGCCGCAAGAUCGGCCCUUGCCCCCCACUUUGGUCGUUCGAUGGUCAUGUUGACAACGAUCAAGAGUUUGUGGAGACUAUCCGGAGACAAAGUGAGGCUGUUCAUGGAGGGCGCCGCCGGAGUAGCGUCGCUGGCAGGAUUGCCAACAGAUUCUGA